CGGAAACCGGAAACUGUGUGAGGACGCCCGCUAUGGCUGCGGCGGCGGCUGUCGUUGCGGAAUCCCUGGCGGGCUACAGGGCUCGGGCGGCGCGUGCGGUGCUAGAGCAGGUGGUGCUCCCGGGUGAGGAGCUGCUAUUGCCUGAACAGGAGGACGGAGAAGGCCCAGGAGGUACAGGGGAGCGACCGCUGCGCCUGAACGCCGGAGCGCGCUCCCGGGGGCGCGUGGUGUGCGGCCCGGGCUUGCGGCGCUGCGGCGACCGGCUGCUGGUCACCAAGUGCGGCCGCCUCCGUCACAAGGAGCCCGGCAGUGGCAGCGGCGGUGGCGUUUACUGGGUGGACUCGCAGCAGAAGCGGGUUGGAGAUCUCAUCUAUGGCCAGUUUGUGGUUGCUAAUAAAGAUAUGGAACCAGAGAUGGUCUGUAUUGACAGCUGUGGACGAGCCUGUGGAAUGGGUGUGAUUGGACAGGAUGGUCUGCUUUUUAAAGUGACUUUGGGCUUAAUUAGAAGGCUGCUAGCUCCAGACUGUGAAAUCCUACAAGAAGUGGGAAAACUCUACCCACUGGAGAUAGUAUUUGGAAUGAAUGGAAGAAUAUGGGUUAAGGCAAAAACCAUUCAGCAGACUUUGAUUUUGGCAAACAUUUUAGAAGCUUGUGAACACAUGACAGCAGAUCAAAGAAAACAAAUCUUCUCCAGAUUGGCAGAAAGUUGAUCUAUGUGGGCUUUUUUAUGGGUCAGUUGAGCCAAGAGACUCUGGGUUUUCCUGGGGGGAAUGUUUCUCAGGUGAACCUCUCCCCAUUAAAUCUUCAGAAGACAAGAUGUCUUAUUAAUUAGAGUCCUAAAUAAAAUAUUUUUAUUGAAAAGUUACUGGCUGCCACUCAUGUUCUUGUGGGUGAGACAAAUCAUUAUAAAGUAAUGAUGUAGUUUUUUGUUUUUUACAAAAAGUUACUAUUAUGGUUUAUUUGAUGUUCACUCCCUUAGUUUUGCUAGAGUGCAGCUUCUAUAAUAAACUGGAAGUGAGCAUUAAAAUAACAGUUAUUUUCUGAUGAUAGUAAAACAUGUUCACCAAAGAAAAUGUAAACUACAUAGAAAAUAUAAAGCAAACAAAAACCACCUGUAAUCCUGUUGUUUAAUGGGUGAGUAUGUAACAGCUAACAAUUACCGUGUGCUUACCACGUAUCAAGUAUUGUUCCAAAAGUGUUCUGCAUGGAUUAAUUCAUUUAUUCUUAGUAACUGCAAAGACACUUAACCUCCCAGUUGAAGAAACUGAGGCACAGACUUUAACUUGGCCUACAUUCUCAACUACUAUUUGUGAAUGUAUAUUUUUCAAAUUAGAACUACAGGAUUAUACUUUAUAUACUACUUUGUUACAUACUUUGCUUCAAACAACAUUUAAUAUAUUUCUUUCACGAUUGCUAUUAAAAAUUCAAUAGUAUAAUAUUUCAUUUUCAUGUUAUAGGAUAUUUUGGACAUGUCUAGUUUUUUGUUGUUCUGUAGAUAAUACAAUGAUUAGGAUCUCUGAUUCCAAGUCUAGCCAAAUCUUAACUUUGUUAGGAUCAUUUCCAGGAAGCCAAACAAAAGACUACCUGCCUGGGUUUUGAAAAAAUAGUAGAGGUUUUUGAUGGAGUUGGAGAGGAAAUUUGCAUUUUAAGCAAAGCCUUUAAAGGUGAAAAUGAAGCCUGACAGAUGAUCCAGGUCAGUGGUUCUGGGGUCAGAGACCUCCCUGAGAAUAUAUAUGAUAAGAGUUACAGACCCUGAAGCCUAUCUAUAGGAGGUCCCUAUUGGAUGACAGAGAUUAUAGAACUCAUUCAAUAUGUUGAUAAAGACCAAGCAGCAUUAUGUAUUCCUAAAGAUGUUUCCUGAAGACUGGGCCAUUUUUAAGUAGUAAACUGAUAUAAUUUAACAAGUGAUCAUAGCUCUGGAGGGAAUAAAUUGUGAAGGGGAGGGGACAGAGCAGAGAAGUAACGUUUUGGCUCUUCUGAGAUAUAGAAUACAUUUUCUGAAUUUGCUAGCAGCUUAGUUAUCAAGUUUACUAACCCAAACUGGCCAGAGUAACUGAAGCAACUCUACCUGACUAGGACAUGAGAAAAGAUCACUGAGAUUUAGGUUACCUAACAUGCUUGUGUCAGAUGCAAUGUAUUUUCUGGCUCUUUUCAAGUUAGACUUAUCAAUACUGUGUUUUUGCUUUUCAUUUUGACCUGUUAAUCACAAGUAUAUAUGAAGAAUCUAGUUUGUACAAGGCUCAGAAGGAUACAAAGAUACUCCCACAAAUUGUUAGGAGGCUACUUGUUCAGAAGAGAGAAGCCCUCUACGCUCAUACUCAGAAUAGGGGAGACAGAGUAGGAGCCAUAGAUGGAAAAAAGUGCUAUAUGGGGGGCUUAACGCAGGGCUAGGUAAGGAAAAGGCUGACUCUGCAAGCCUAUGUUACAACAUAUUACUUGAGUUGGGGAAAAUCCAGCAUGAUCGAGAUGGCUGGAGAAAGUCAUACAACUUUAUGAUGCCCGUGUUAGUGAAAAAUCAGACUCAAUAGAGUAAUACUUACUUGAUUAUUUAAGCUAUCUCUAAAGAGUAGGUAUUUCACAAAUAGAUGUACAGAAGAUGAAUUAACACAUCCAAAGCCAUGUAGUUUUAGGGCUAAUUCAUUAUUAUGUAAACUUUUUAGUUAGUCAACAUAUAUCUGGGCACUUCCUGUGAGCCAGGCACUAUGGGAGA